AGCUUCCUGGUCUUCUUGUAUUCAGCAACAUGUACUUCAACAUAAUAUAUGUCUUCUGUUUCCUGACAUUCAUAUUGAAUACAUACAUAAUUUUAGCCGAAGAUAUAACACUUCUAGUAGCAUCAUCGAACAGAGUAGUGUUGAUGGAUGAAAAUGGAACAAACUUUGAAGUGAUUUUAAAAAUUGACACUCACGACAUACAUACUAUUGCAUACCACGAGACAAAGAACUACAUAUAUUGGUCAAGUUGGUCUGGUAACAUAACGAGGUUCAAUUAUCCAUCGGUUGAUAAUUACACAGAAAUUAUUUUUCACCAAGAAGCAGGUUAUUAUUCAUCUGGCAUUGCAGUUGAUUCUAUCAACGAUUAUUUAUACUGGUCGAACCACACUGAUUUAGUGAGAUCGAACCUUGAUGGAUCAGACAUAACACCCAUUCUUAAUUUCAGUACAAACGGUUCUAUAGGAACAUUAGAGAUAGAUUCGGAAAAGGGGUUGAUUUUCUUUAUCAAUGAAGCUGAUUUCUCAAUUGUAAGAUGCACGAAAGAUGGCUCUGAUGUACGGUCGAUUGUAAAAGCUGGAUGGAUACAGGAUUUUGCUUUAGAUAAAAAAGACAGUACAGUAUAUUUCAUUACUGAUUAUUACUACCUUGGAUCUGCAUCUUAUGAUGGUAAUAAUUUGAAAAAGAAUGCGAUAGAUUUCUGGUACUAUAUGGACAUGAGAAUAGAUAUUUCCGAUGAAUAUAUUUUCUUAUCGGAUGGAAUUUACAUGUUUCAAGUCCUGAAAAACGGCAACUAUUCUGAUCAAAUUAUGUGGUUAUCAGAGUAUUAUAUAUAUGAUAUAAAAGUCUAUGAAGAUACGGGCAGUAGAGAUUGUAAGGAAUAUUCAGAAAUAUAUGCCGCAGACAAACGAUCAAAGGACUAUCUUAUUGAUCAGGCAAGUGAUCAAGUUAUCAGUGAUGAAUAUCUAAACGCUGGCUGGUACAGGCCUGUUAGUGCAAAUGGCAAUGAAAUGCCCACUUCUCCUCCUGGCAAAAUGCAUUGUGGAACGAUAAAUCCAAUUUGGCUCAAUGGAACUCUUCCUACAUUUGAUGAUGGUAACGUGAGCAGAAGAGCAUGCAUCCAAACAGAGAAUCACAUUUGUGAAGAGUCCAUCGACAUAGAAAUAAGGAACUGUGGAGGAUUUUAUAUUUAUUAUCUUCGGGAAACACCACCGAAUUCAUCUUUUUGCUUUGGAAGUGGUGCAGUUAUCUGUCCCGUUGGUACAUCGUCAGAAACCGGGUUUUACCCUGGGUGUAGCUCAUCUUACCCAACGACACUUGUGACUGUUGCUGUACAGGCAGAACUGUUUUAUGGUUCAAGUUUACCAAUCCCAGGAUACGAUCCUACACCAAGUUUAUUACCAGUAUUCAGAUGCAAGUUUGAUGAAGAGGCAAAUGGGACUUAUAUAUACGACAUCUACUGGUACAUCAACGGAUUUAAAAUUACGUCGUAUACUAACAUUCCAAUGAAAGAUAUAAACACCACUUUACUAAAACAUACAGACUGGAUAGAAAGCUAUAAAAUGAAUAUGGAGGUUCAGUGUGCUAUUAGAAUGAGAUAUUUAGCUUAUUCUGUUCCUGGACCAUUACAGUACAGUGCAAAUUUUAAGGCAGGGAUAUUUCCAGAGAAAUAUGACUAUACCGUUAUUGAAGGCGAAUCCAUUACGAUUUCGUUCAGGUCGACAGUUCCGGUUGGUUGCAUUGCUUCGCAUAAAACCCUAAUGGCUCAUUGUGAUCAAAGUUUUUAUGUGUUUCAACCAGGAAAGAAUUCAAACGUUGGAUCGUGUUCAAAUAACAUUGCCAUAAAAGAUAUCAUAUUUAAAGCACAAUUUUGCGGCAUCAAAUUUGGAGUCACCGACUGGCAAGAAGAGAAGAAAUUGGAGGUAUUUGGUUUUAGCGAUGGUCUGUAUAACAGUGGAGAUAGAUCAACAUACAUAAGGCUUUCCACUUCUGCUGUGUCAGCAUUUAGUGAAAUGUGGCAAAAUGUACAAAUUCCGGACAUUAAGGUUAAAGUUUUAGAUAAAGAUGCAUCAAUGACAAGCAGGCUUUGUCAAUCAGUGAAUGAUCCUCAUAUUUCGACCUUUGAUGGAAAGUAUUAUCACUUUAUGGAUAUUGGUGAAUUUGUUAUGUACAGAAAUGACAGAGGACCCUAUUGGGUACAUGCGUUGUUGACCAACUGUGGAUUUGGUUGGCAAGGAUCUGCUUGUCACUGUGCGAUAGCAAUACGAAGUCGCAGUUCCCUGUUUGUAAUCAGGACUUGUAAAUCUAUUUCGAGGACAAAAAAAGAACUACUAACAACACCAGUUACCAAAUUAAUAAGUUGCGAUGACAACGACUUACUUAUUGAUUUUAAUCAAGGACGAAACGAGUACAAGGUAACUUUACCAAUCGGAACAGAAAUCAAGAUAUCAGUAUCGAGGUGGUCAGGAUUUAUCGGUACUGUCACAGUAAAACCUUCAAUUUAUGACAUAAAUGAAGCAAAAGGAUUGUGCGGUGUUCCGAGUGUCACUAAAGAUCCUUCAGAUGAUUAUACCCAUCGUUAUAAUGGACCAGUUAGUGAUGAUCAGGAAUUUGCUAAAUCAUGGGGAAUAACAUCAGAAAUGACGAAUGAACAAUUGUUUGUUGAUGAACCUGAUUUUAUCAACGAUGACUUGAUUCUGAACAUUCCGAACAAUCCAGCAAGUAUAAAUAACUCUACAACAUUUUGUACAUGUGAGGAUCAGGCUGGUAGUACGGAUUCACUUGAUGAUUUCAACACCCUCCAAUGUAACUUGACGGAAAGCACUGAAUUUUGCUCAAGUUCUCAACAGUCUGGAAAUCAGAUCAACUCUUAUUCUACUUCCUGUACCAUAUCUAAACGUAAAAGGCGUUCUUUAGAUCACUCUAGAGUUGUUCGGCGAAGCACUACUGAUGCAGAUGACAGUGAUGAUGUAACUGAGUCUCAACCUCUUAUCUUUGAUGAGGACAUCAACAGUACAGAUGUGUUUUCUCAAACCUUUAGAAACGGAUGGACAGCAGAAACAGCGUACCAAACAUGCAAAGAGGCUUUGACUACAGCAAUUCCAUCUGAUGUUUACAGCGAUGUUGUUGAGGUUGAUGUAGAAAAUUUCAUACAGUCAUGUGUGUCAGAUAUUGAAGUAACUGGGGACAAGUCCUUCUUAGCGGAUACUAUCAAUGCCAUGGCAACAAAUAUCAUGACGGAAAUCUCCAGAAAUGAAUCACUUUUCAUUGUGAACACCACUGAUGGAUCACAGACAAUUCUUGAGCAAAUUACAAGCAAAUUAUGUAUAAACAACUGUAGUAAUAACGGCGUCUGUGUUUCAGGUCAGUGUGAGUGUUCAAAUCAAUAUAUUGGUGAUGACUGUUCCAAAGACAUUUCAACACCACCUGUUAACAUAAGUCUGCCAGCUGAAGGUUUAUGUACUACAACAACACGUUCAUGCAAAAAGACUAAUAUCUAUGGUGAUUUUUUGUCAAUGGAAGUCUGGUAUAAGAUCCGAUAUUUUAAGGUAGUUGAUAAUUCAAAAUUGUACUCAUCAAAUUGGGAGAUUUACAAGGCUCAGUACAGAAAUAUGUUUAUGGUAACUGUCGACCUUGGUGUAUCAAGAAAAACUCGUUCAGCCUCGGGACCUUCGAUGGCAGAAGGAUAUGAGAUUACACUGUCGAACGACGGAACUAAUUUCGGGGAGGAAGUUUCCAUACUUAUUUAUGACGAAGGAUGUGUUUCAUGCAACAGCUCGAUGAGUUGCGUUCCAUUGGAAGGUUGCGAAUCUUCAAAAGACACUGCAGAAAAUGACGAAGAUAGUACCACGACCAUUAAAGCAGUAGCAUCAUCGUGUGGUGUGAUUGGUGUGGCAGUGUGCGUGUUAGCUUUACUAUUCUACUUAAAACAUAAACACACUGGAGAAAAGUCAAAAGUUGGUGUAUACUCUGGCUGUCAACAUGAAAAUGGUAAAAAUAUGGACAAUGAGAUGUUGUCCAAUAGGACCGAACCAUUUAGAGAAAAUACCAUAAGCGAUCUUGAUGUUCACUUUGAAGAUGGCAAAGAAGCAUCACUGAGCAAUUUUGAGAAUCAGCUACCUCCACAAAACCAUUUCCAGAACAAUUGA